UUUACCGCGACGUUUGCUAGAGCUCACGACAUGGACAGCCUACUGGAUUGUGAUACCAGCCGCCAACAGCAUCACAGCAGUGACCACUCCACGGGACUCCAUUGACUCGGCGAUCUUCUUUGGUACCAUCCAGACUUGCUCGACUCAAAGCGGCUCUACAUUUUCUGGAACGCCCUUCGACAUAGCCCAGUGGGCCAGUCCAGAAGAAACUCAUGCUUCGCUAAGUAUGCCGCUAUCUCACUCACCCAACUCCAACAAUUCGCACCUCUCCCCGAGAUCGUACACCUCUGGUGUCUCGCCCAAACCCUCAGCUCCUAAUCCUCGACUGAAUCCUUUCGCCCCUCUGUCACCCGACAUGCCGGAGAAUCAGUUGCAGCCUGAAGGUGUACACGGCACAGAGAUUGACAGGCUCUUGGGAGUAGUCGGCGUUGUGACCAACAAGAAAAGCAAAUUGAUACGUUAUGACCGCGAUCAAUUGCUAAAGGUCGCCGCCAAAGGACAAAAGCAUGGUUGGGUCAUCCCACAGGGUCUUGGUCCACUGGAGACUUGGUUUGGAUCACCUUCGUCAUCGAAAGCGAGUCUUCGUAGCGUUCAUGACGAUCCUGCCAUUGCGUCUAUAGACCCUACAGGAGGCGAGACUAGUCGACGUCCAGGCGCGGGAGGCUUCGAACAGGGGUUCGGAUACGGCGGAGGCAUUGGUGGAGGUCGAGGCCUCGCACGAGGAGGCAAGAACAUCGGUCUGCGCAGACAGGAGGGACAGGUAGACGCAAAUGGGCUUCCAUUGCCUGACCAUCGUCGCGAUGCGUUUGGUGGUCAGAUGGGUCGCUUCUCAGUCCGUCCGCAGAGUGAGAAACCAAUGCGGCUGGGAGGAGACGAAAUGUCGGCCUCACAACAGCCCUCUCAGCCCCGGCGUGACAAUAUUGAUCGUCGGGCCCGAAAUGAAGGAGACUGGAGAAGCAAGAAUGCGCUGCCCCCUGCGCGUACCGGUGAAAGGCGUCCUCACCAAAACUGGCAGCAAGCAGGUGGAGAGGACGAAUCUGCUCCUGCCUGGAUGGAUGAUGGCCCUAGUCCGGAGGAUUCUGCAGAAACUGUGGAUCCUGCCAUUGCAGGUUCGGGACCAGAACCAAUGUUCAACUUCGUUCCUGGCGAGGAUAUGAUUGCCGCGCAUCGCAGACAUCGCGGUACAGCCGAUGAUUGGCGAGGUGGAGGUGGGAAGCAACUCGUAUCGUUCUUCGGCGGCGACGCAGCAUCUGCGAGUGGACCAGCCAUCAGCACCGAGCCAAAGACGUUCAACGCUGCAGACUACCUGUUGUCCAAUGGGCCCACUGAAGAAGAACAUCAAGAGGAAAUCCCAGAACCCUCUCAAGAGCGACCCAAUGCCUAUACCAGUCGCUUUGCCAAAUUCUUUGGUGGACCUGAAGCGCCAAGCUCUGGAUCUGGACCGUCUCCUUUCACUUCGUCAAAUAGUCUGACGGCUCCCCCGCAGAGGUUCUCGUCCGCAUCCCCGCAGAACAGUGUUUCGCCUCAACCAGCUGUGGAACAGCCUCCUCCGCAGAAUGCUCGCGUCGACGAUCAUAUGUCGAGAUUGAUGGGACUGCUCAAGACUGCAAGUCCGGCGGCUACUGCUCUUGAACCGCCCAGGGAUGAUCGACCGAGCGUAGCACAUGAGCACGAACGACACGCCUCGUAUGACUUGCCUCGGCAAGGCGGUGGCGGGUCGUCUGUAUUCGAUCAACCUAAUUUUGGCGGUCGACCCGACGUUGCUCAGGCUCAACAACCGUUUCACGGUAUACUUGGACAGCCUCAGGGCGGUCCACCUGGUUUGAACCGAGAUUAUGCUCCAGGUCCGCCGCCACCUCAGCCUCAUCAUCUGCUCCAGCAUUUGUAUCAAGGCCGCAGCUUUGAUGAAUCUCAAUCACCAGCUCAGCAACAGUCCCGCCCGCCACCUCCACCUCCGUCGGGGCCUGACCUCUUACACCUUCUCACCCAAGGCCAAGGUCAAGGUUCUCGGGGCCCUCCCCCGCCUCCACCCAUGCAAUUCUCCCAGGGACCACCUCGCCCUCCUCAAAUGCAUCAUUCUAUGCCUCCAGGGUACGGUUCUGGGCCUGUGCCAGGCGUUGGCCUUGGCCCCAUGAGAUCUCCAAAUGAAUACCGGGAGGAAUUCAUGUCUCUUCCUCAUCUCAUGCCGCCACAUCAAUCUCAAUCUGGUGGUCAACCUUCUCCCCAAGGCUAUCCCAAUGGACUUUUCCAACAGCACAUGUAUGGAUCUGGACCUCCUGGUCCCCAUAUGAAAGGACCAGGAUAUGUGGUUGGGCCUGGAAAUCCGCCUGGAUUCCCUCCUGGGAUGCAGUACCCCCCUCACUCUGGUCAGAAUCACGCGCAAGGAAGCAGUGGUACAGGCCCACUUGGCUUCCGACAGCUCGGCGCGGCACAACAAGACAUGCUAGCGACUUUGGCUGGGCUCGGAAGGUCGUAGGAGGUGUCAGUGGAUUAGCAUCAUGUCUGCGGGGAGACUUUAGAGGGAGUCUGCCCCGUUGACCGGCAGGGCUGGUAUGAUUCUGUACAAAUCCAUCGCAUCCGUGUAUCAUAUACAUCAUAAGUCUGGCUUGAAAUAAGACCGCUGGUCGGUAUCCGCGUUGUGCAGAGUAGAGUCACUCUAUGAACGACCGAACC